CUCUUUCCUCGAUCUUAGAUCUUAGCCACAAUCUCACUAGGGUACUUUGCUACAGGAUUAAGAUCGGCUCUCUUGUUUUUGAGAAAGGUUCUAACUUGAUCGCAGUUAGGUUGUGUUUAUCUUUGUAGCUACGAAUUUCCACCUAUGGAUAGGCAAUCGAGAAUGGAGUCAGAAAAUUUUAGGGUUAGGGCUUCUGAUGAUGAGGACCGUCAGAGCUCUCGACUUUAUAUUCCUUCGUUUAAGCUAGCAAGCGUGUUGAAUGAUGAGAAAGAUAAGAGUAGCUUAGAGUAUCAACGUCUUACAUGGGAUGCUCUUCGUAAAAGUAUUAACGGGCUCGUUAAUAAGGUUAACGCAACCAACAUCAAGAACAUAAUCCCUGAACUUUUUGCUGAAAAUCUCAUCAGAGGAAGAGGACUUUUCUGUCGUGCUUGUAUUCAGUCUCAAAUGGAAUCUCCUGGAUUCACUGACGUUUUUGCAGCUUUAGUUGCGGUUAUCAACUCAAAGUUCCCUCAAGUUGCUCUGCUUUUAGUGAGAAGAGUUGUUUUGAUACUAAAGAGAGCUUAUAUGCAUAACGAUAAGCCUCAGUUUCUUGCUGCUGUUAAAUUCGUAGCACAUUUAGUAAACCAGCAAGUGGCUGAUGAGAUCAUUGCUUUUGAAUUACUCACUGUGCUUUUGGAAAGCCCGACUGAUGCCAGAGUAGAGAUGGCUAUUGCGUUUGUGAUUGAGUGUGGCGCGUUGCUGCAAGACGUUGCACCAAAAGGAUUACAUGGGGUUUUUGAGCGGUUUCGCGGUAUAUUGCAUGAGGGAGAUAUAGAUAGGAGAGUUCAGUAUUUGAUUGAAGCACUCUUUGCUAUUAGGAAAGCGAAGUUUCAGGGAUAUCCCGCGGUUCGCGCUGAGCUUGAUCUCGUGGAAGAAAAGUAUUCACAUGAUGUCUCUCUUUAUGAGGAAAUUGAUCCUGAAACUGCUCUUGAUGUUUUCAAACUUGAUCCUGACUUUAUUGACAAGGAACAGAAAUACGAGGCGCUGAAAAAAGAGUUACUUGGUGAGAUUGGUCUUGGAGGCAUUACAGAGAAUCUCAGAGAGUAUUUGAAGUACAUGCAACAUCAGAAGCAAGUUGCGGAAUCAGAAUCAGGAUCUGACAGUCCUGGCUCCUGAGUCAGACUCAUCAACUUCUUCUAGUUCGGAUGAAAGCAACAGAGAGAAGAAGAAGCGAACAAGAAGAUCUUGAGACUGCUUUGUUUGUUAUCUCCACCAAAAUUCUUGAACAAGAAGCUUUACUUGUGUGACAAGUUUCAACCUUGUUUCCUUUUCUCUAUUGUUCAUCUUUUCCAUUAGUUUGCUUUACCUAAAUUUUCCUUUUUGUUUGGUUAUUCGAUCUCUAUUUAAAGAGACUCAUAUUCUCUUUUUUUGUUUCAGCUUUUAAUAAAUAAUAUUGAAAGAA